AUGUUUGACUCAAAAUCUUAUUAUCGUCUUACAAAUUUAUGGCGAGGUGAUGAUAAAUCGCUUGAUAUUGUUAAUGAUGGUAUUAAUGAUAAUCAACCUAUACUUGCUACAACUGGUAAUUAUACUGGACAAUAUUGGAAGAUUACUUUAACCAGUAAUGGAUAUUAUCGCUUGACAACAUUAUGGCAAGGUUAUAGUAAAUCGCUUGAUAUUGUUAAUGAUGGUAUUAAUGAUAAUCAACCUAUACUUGCUACAACUGGUGUUUAUACUGGACAAUAUUGGAAGAUUACUUUAAUCGGCAAUGUUUAUUAUCGCUUGACAACAUUAUGGCAAGGUUAUGGUAAAUCGCUUGAUAUUCUGAAUGAUGGUGAAAAUAAUAAUCAACCUAUACUUGCUACAACUGGUACUUAUCUGGGACAGUAUUGGAAAAUAACAAAACUGUAA